GUCGCCAUGGCCAGCUACCCGUACGGGCAGGGCUGCCCAGGAGCUGGAGGACAAGCACCCGGAGCCCCUCCGGGUAGCUACUACCCCGGACUGCCCCAUGCUGGAGGGCAGUAUGCUAGCGGGGUACCCCCUGGUGGCGGAUAUGGAGGUCCUGCCCCUGGAGGGCCUUACGGACCACCAGCUGGUGGAGGGCCCUAUGCACACCCCAACCCUGGGGGGCUCCCUUCUGGAACUCCGGGAGGACCGUAUGGUGGUGCGGCCCCAGGGGGCCCCUAUGGACCACCACCUCCAAAUUCCUAUGGUGCCCAGCAUCCCGGGCCUUAUGGACAGGGAACACCUCCUCCAGGUGGCACCCCUCCCAAUGUGGAUCCCGAGGCUUACUCCUGGUUCCAGUCAGUGGACUCCGAUCACAGUGGCUAUAUCUCCAUCAAGGAGCUGAAGCAAGCCCUGGUCAACUCCAACUGGUCUUCGUUCAACGACGAGACAUGCCUCAUGAUGAUAAACAUGUUUGACAAGACCAAGUCAGGCCACAUUGAUGUCUACGGUUUCUCAGCCCUGUGGAAGUGCAUCCAGCAGUGGAAGAACCUCUUCCAGCAGUAUGACCGGGACUGCUCGGGCUCCAUUAGCUACACAGAGCUGCAGCAAGCUCUGUCCCAGAUGGGCUACAAUCUGAGCCCCCAGUUCACCCAGCUCCUGGUCUCCCGCUACUGCCCGCGCUCUGCCAGUCCUGCCAUGCAGCUAGAUUGCUUCAUCCAGGUGUGCACCCAGCUGCAGGUGCUGACCGAGGCCUUCCGGGAGAAGGACACAGCUGUGCAGGGCAACAUUCGGCUCAGCUUCGAGGACUUCGUCACCAUGACAGCUUCUCGGAUGCUAUGACCAGCCCAUCUGUAAAGUGGGGAGUGCACCAAGGGACUUUUCCUGGCUCCUAGGGUGGGAGAAGCAUGUGGGCCUCUCUUCAUUUCCUGCCCUUCCUAGAAAAAGAAUUCUCCCUUGCCUGAUUCAGCAUUGUUCCCAAAGAGGGCUGGGAGUCUGCGUCAUAGCCACCAGGUAGUGGGGACCUGGGCUGAGGCCACACAGGUAGGGGCCUGACCUAGGAGAGGACUGGAAAUUGAAUGUCCUUUUACAUCCCUGAGUAUUUAAAUGGCACAGCCUUGCGCCAGGUGCAAGAGAUGCUGGUCAUUGCAAUGGAGUUAGUGUCCAGUCAGCUGACUCCAGACUCUAGCUUUUCCUUCUAUGCCCUGACGCCAGCGGUAAGUGUUCAUCAGCCUCUUAACCAUUAGCACCUGCGUUCCCUUACCCAUGCUGUCUUAUCAGAUGAACCCAGUUUCUCCAAAAUGGAAUCUGACCAGGGUGAGAGAUUGGCCCAUGGGACCAGUGGCUUGGAUUCCACCCGCCACAAGUCCGUGUGUGUUGACUUCUAGCUGCCUGCUCAGGGAGCUUGGGCAGUCUGCUCUCUGGGCAUCUUUGGCCAGGCUACCCCUCUGCAGCUUGGACUCCUCAUAGUUGCCUGCCAUCCUCUGCUUGGCUUCAGUCCCCAGGGGACAAGUUGCUACCUCCCACUGCCAAUGCUUUUUUUUUUUUUUAUUAUUUGUGGUUGUUUUCAUUUGGGGCCAAAAGUUUGGUGCAACUGUAAGCUUCAAUACAAGAAUAAAACUCUGGAGUUCCA